AUGGCGACCGUUACCACCAAGAACGGCCAGGUCGUCGACCGUCUGGUCCUGGACUCGAUGCUCCGUCGCCGACUCUUCUACACCCCCUCCUUCGAGAUUUACGGCGGUGUCUCCGGUCUCUACGACUAUGGCCCCCCCGGCUGUGCGGUCGUCAACAACAUCAUCGAUCUGUGGCGCAAGCACUUCGUGCUCGAGGAGGAUAUGCUCGAGGUGGACUGCACCAUGUUGACCCCGCACGAGAUCCUGAAGACCAGCGGCCACGUUGAAAAAUUUGCCGACUGGAUGUGCAAGGACCCCAAGACCGGCGAGAUCUUCCGCGCCGACCACCUGGUCGAGGAGGUGCUCGAGGCUCGCCUGAAGGGUGACAAGGAGGCGCGUGGCCAGAAGGUCGUCGUCGACGAGGAGAAGGAGGCGAAGAAGAAGAAGAAGGCCAAGGACACCAAGGCCGUCAAGCUGGACGAUGCGCUCGUCAAGGAGUACGAGGAGGUCCUGGCCCAGAUUGACAACUACGGCGGGCCCGAGCUGGAACAGAUCAUCGCCAAGUACGAUAUCCGGAACCCCACCACCGACGGCAACGUCCUCCCUCCCGUCGCCUUCAACCUCAUGUUCCAGACGUCGAUCGGCCCCAGCAGCAACAUGCCUGGUUACCUGCGCCCCGAAACCGCCCAGGGUCAGUUCUUGAACUUCCAAAAACUGCUGGACUUCAACCAGCAGUCCAUGCCCUUCGCGUCGGCCUCCAUCGGCAAGUCGUUCCGGAACGAGAUUUCGCCCCGCGCCGGUCUCCUGCGAGUUCGAGAGUUCCUCAUGGCCGAGAUCGAGCACUACGUCGACCCCGAGGGUGGUAAGAAGCACUCUCGCUUCGAGGAGGUCAAGGACGUUGAGAUGUCCUUCCUCAACCGCACUGUGCAGCUGUCCGGAAGCACUCAGACCGAAAGGAUGACCAUUGGCAAGGCCGUCGAAACCGGUCUGGUGGACAACGAGACGCUCGGGUACUUCAUUGCUCGCAUCCAGCAGUUUCUGCUCAAGCUGGGAGUGGACCCGACAAAGCUCCGCUUCCGUCAGCACAUGGCCAACGAAAUGGCCCACUAUGCGGCCGACUGCUGGGAUGCCGAGCUGCAGACCAGCUAUGGUUGGAUUGAGUGCGUCGGCUGUGCCGAUCGCAGUGCCUACGACCUGACGGUGCACAAGAACAAGACCGGAGCUCCCUUGGUGGUCCGAGAGACUCGGGCUGAACCUCUCAAGAUCGAGGAGUGGCAGAUAGAUCUGGACCGGAAGAAGUUCGGCCCGCGGUUCAAGAAGGACGGCAAGGCUGUGGCCGCCGCUGUGGAUGCCCUUUCUCAGGACCUGCGUGAGAAGUUGUCUCUGGAUCUGGAGAAGCAGGGCAAGAUUGAGGUGGAUGUGGAAGGCGUUGGCUCCGGCAAGGUCGAGCUGGACAAGGAAUUGAUCACCAUUGAGAAGCGGACUCGAGUGGAGCACGUCCGUGAAUUUACCCCGAAUGUGAUCGAGCCGUCCUUUGGUAUUGGUCGUAUCUUCUACAGCAUGAUCGAGCAUGCUUACUGGUAUCGGGAGGCCGACGAGGCGCGUGGGGUCCUGUCCUUCCCCCCGGUAAUCGCACCGACCAAGGUCCUCAUCGUUCCCCUCUCGACGCAUGCCUCGUUCCGCCCUCUGACGCAGCGGCUGAUGUCGCAGCUGCGACGCAUGGGUAUCUCCAAUCGCGUGGAUGACUCGUCGGCCAGCAUCGGAAAGCGGUACUCGCGCAACGACGAAUUGGGCACGCCGUUCGGUAUCACGGUGGACUUCCAGUCCGUGCAGGACAGCACCUUCACGCUUCGGGACCGGGACUCGACGAAACAGGUGCGGGCUAGCGAGGCCGAGAUCAUCCAGGCCCUCAAGACCUUGGUUGAGGGCGAGGAGACCUGGGAGGAUGUCCGCAAACGCCUGCCGGAGUUCACCGGGCAGGAGGUUGAAUAG